AUGUCGCCAGCAGCAACCACCUCUGACGUCGAAGCCAUCUUCCGCUUCAACGACCCAGAUCCUGACAUCACUGCGGAGGAUCGUGCAUUGUUUGCCAUCGCUGCGGCUAAGACCGUAACAGAGAAGAAGCUGACUCUACACGACCUCCGCACAGCCAAUCAUCUCCCCUCGGACUCAGAGUGUCUCCAUAAGCAUGGCUUCACUGUGGUCCGCAAUUCAGUCGACACGAACGCCUGGUCUUCAGCUGAAAACAUCGACAGCAUCUACAUCCCAGCCAUAAGCAGCCUGUUGAAGGAUUUAACUGGCUGUAAGACCGUCCUCGUGAACAACGUUGCGUUCCGUCGCAAGCGUGUCAAACAACAAGCCGACCCCAAAUUCUACCACAAGCCAGGUGGCAUGCUGGAUACUUUGGCCAAAUCCAUGCCCACCGACCGGCCAUUCAUCACACCCUUCGAGGUCGAAAAGACCAUCGAGCCAGCCCGCGGCAUCCACGUCGACUACACACUCACUGGUUUGCGCAACACGAUCCGACACUGCCGAGCAGAUUUUGCCGAAGCUGGCGCCGAGCACCUCCGCGCACUGGAUGACAACAGCCCGACACGGGGCCCUAGGGUAGCCGCAUUCAGCAUCUGGCGCCCACUGAAGACAGUAACUCGAGACCCGAUCGCCGUACUCGACUACAAGACGGCUACGCCUUCGAGGUGGAAGACAUUCGAGUACCGCAGCCCGGGCUACAAGGGAGAGUUUCUGCUCGAGGCCACGGCAGUGAACGCGCCGGACGAAGACGAAGCGGAUGAGCCAAAGUUCUACUACGUUUCUGAGCAGAGACCCGACGAGGUCAUGAUCAUCAAGUUUGCGGACUCGGAGAGUGAGAUUGACUCGGACGUGGCGGCGGGGUGUGGGCAUGGAAGUCCGGCGAUCGUGGGUCAGUAUGGGGAGACGAGGGAGAGUAUUGAGGCUAGGGUGUUGGCUUUCUGGUAG